UAAGUAUGUCUGGCCGCGGCAAGCAGGGCGGCAAGGCUCGCGCCAAGGCUAAGACCCGCUCCUCCCGGGCCGGCCUGCAGUUCCCCGUGGGCCGCGUGCACCGCCUCCUCCGCAAGGGCAACUACGCGGAGCGGGUGGGCGCCGGCGCCCCGGUGUACCUGGCGGCCGUGCUGGAGUACCUGACGGCCGAGAUCCUGGAGCUGGCUGGCAACGCGGCCCGCGACAACAAGAAGACGCGCAUCAUCCCGCGCCACCUGCAGCUGGCCAUCCGCAACGACGAGGAGCUCAACAAGCUGCUGGGCCGCGUGACGAUCGCGCAGGGCGGCGUCCUGCCCAACAUCCAGGCGGUGCUGCUGCCCAAGAAGACCGAGAGCCACCACAAGGCCAAGGGGAAAUAAGUUUGUCUCUUGGAUUGUCCUGGUGGAAGUCACCUUAAAACAAAGGCUCUUUUCAGAGCCACCCACCUUUUCAGUAGAAAGUGCUGGAAUACUAUUGUAGCAUGAAGAAACAUUUUUAAAUUGUCCUCUGUCUUACCCAAUGAGGGGUUGUGAUUCAAAGUUGGUAAAACCCGCAGAAACGGCAUUUCCUUUAUGUGAUGUGUGCACUUAAGAACCGUGAGAUGCUUUAAGAAAAGAUCACCUUAAGACAUUUUGGAAUUACGAUAAUUUCACAAGGCAGUUAAUAUUUUAGGUAUGUAAUAUGCUCAUGAAGUUCUGACAGUAUAAUUAAACCCAAAAUAUAAAAACAAAGUAAAGCUCUACUAAAAAUUUAAGGGGUUUUGCUUCUUUUUGGAAGUUUUCUGUUUUUGUAUUGUCAAGACAGGGCCUUACCGUAUAGUUCUGGCUAUCCUAGAACUCACUUUAUAAAUAGAUCAUGUUGGCUCUGACCUCCCUGUUGCUGCAAUUAAAGAUGUGGACCACUAUGUGAGGCCAAUGGAGGGUUUGGGUUUUUCUUAAUUCAGAAAAAAAUUAAGAAUUCAAAGCUGGUAUUAACUAAAGUGGACUUAGAAUUUUAAUUAUUAAGUCUUGAAUAAUUCUUUUUCAUUACU